CGGGACCUGGUGCGGCUUAGCCUGGUGGCCUGGUAGGAGUUUUGUGGGCUGUGGCCCAACUAGGUGCUGUGUGGUGCUGAGGACAGGUGUUCUGUACAAGGUGCUCGUUCUCUACCGCCGUGUCAGAUCUCUCGUGUAGGUGUUCUGGUGCUGAGGGCUACUACUGCUUUUCGGUGCUUGCUCUGCUCACUUUUAGUUUGUGGUCAAAUUUGGUAACUAUAAGCCUGUACAAAAGUCACUUGCGUCGUUGCUUCUCAGAAAUUGGGACAGCCCGCGUUCGACGUGUCCCCUGUCGUUUGGUGGGUGCGUACUCCUGUUCACAUCAUGAACGUUAGUAUCGCAGACAUAUGCCAGAACACCCGCAUGGGUCGUGAAUGCGCUCUCUUGGGCAACUACGAGUCGGCGAUCGUCUACUACCAGGGCGUCAUACAGCAGAUACACCGACUUGUGCAGACUGUCACGGGGGAUCGCAAGGAGCGCUGGCAGCAGAUUCAGCAAGAGCUGGCGCAGGAAUACGAGUACAUCAAGGACAUCCAGGUGGUGCUGACUGGAUUUCGCUCGGACAGCCAUCUUGAACGCAUUCCCACAAGUCGAAUUAACUAUGAGGAUGACCUUGAGCCGGACUCUUGGUUCACACCACGAGACCCCGAAGUCUGGCCAGCACCCAACCCUGUGGAGCACAAGCCUGGCCCGUCUGUCCGCCAAGUGAGUCGCAGCCGGAGAAUAGAGACGUCGCGGACAACUAGCAAUCGCAGUUCGUCUAGUGGCAAGGGUAGUGGAAGCAGCACUGUCAAGCGAGGCGCCGACACAAAGGCCUCUCGGAAAGAGGACAGCAAGCCACGCAGCAAAGAUGCUAAAAAGGAUGAACCUGCAAACAAGGAGGCUGAGCAGCAGGAGAAGAAGUUUGACAGCAUUGGCUACGACCAUGAGCUGGUGGAGCUGCUGGAGCGAGACAUUCUCCAGCGAAACCCAAGUGUGCGCUGGGACGACAUAGCCGACCUGCAUGAGGCAAAGAAGCUGCUGGAGGAGGCGGUCGUGCUGCCCAUGUGGAUGCCCGACUUCUUCAAGGGCAUCCGCCGCCCUUGGAAGGGUGUGCUGAUGGUUGGCCCACCGGGCACUGGCAAAACCAUGCUCGCCAAGGCAGUGGCCACAGAGUGCAGCACAACAUUCUUCAAUGUCUCCUCGUCUACUCUCACCUCCAAGUACCGGGGCGAGAGUGAAAAGUUGGUGCGCCUGCUCUUCGAAAUGGCUCGGUUCCAUGCCCCCAGCACCAUCUUCAUUGACGAAAUCGAUUCCCUGUGUUCACGGAGAGGCUCUGACUCGGAGCACGAGGCCAGCCGGCGUGUGAAAUCAGAGCUGCUCAUUCAGAUGGACGGCAUCACUAACAAUGAGGACCCAGCCAAGGUGGUGAUGGUGCUGGCAGCCACCAACUUUCCCUGGGACAUUGAUGAGGCACUGCGCCGGAGGCUCGAGAAGCGCAUCUACAUUCCUCUGCCCAACAGUGCUGGGAGGGAGGCGCUGCUGAGGAUCAACUUGAAGGAUGUCGAGGUCUGCCCCGAGCUUGACGUCAACGUCAUUGCGGAGCAACUAGAAGGCUAUUCCGGAGCUGACAUCACCAAUGUCUGCAGGGAUGCUUCAAUGAUGGCAAUGCGACGAAGAAUACACGGUCUCACUCCAGAGGAAAUUCGCAACCUCACCAAGGAAGAGCUCGAGCUUCCGGUCAGCCGAGAGGACUUCGAGGAGGCCAUACGCAAGAUCAACAAAUCAGUCAGUCGGGAGGAUCUGGAGAAGUACGAGAAGUGGAUGACCGAAUUUGGCUCAACCUAAUCGUCUUUUUGUGCACGCUUAUGUUUAUGCCCCGUGAUCCUCUUACAGGUCUCGAGUGUGCUAUGGAUUAUUCUUUCAAGACCUUCACUUGACAGCUUAGCCAAGAAGUGUUUUGACACUGUGCGCGAUGAUUCCGGUGCACUGCUCGUGUUUGAGCAUCGCAGCCAUUGAGACCUGUUCCUAAUAGAUGUCGUUGCUCAUAUUCAAGAUACUGUUGCCUGCUUUUGGCAACUGACCAUAUAGUUUCCAGUAGGGUCAUCGUCUGCCUGUCGCACAUCAGAAAAGACAACAUUCAGUUCUAGCCAUAAUCAGACUAAAGCACCUUGUGUGAUUCUUCAAGCAUCUUUGGAAACAAAACUCUAUGGGCAUCCUAUUGCACAGAGUCACGUGUGCUACUAUGCAAAUGCUACCGUAUAGCACCAAGCAUCACACCAUGUGAAAGCUUAACCAGUGGAGGCUUUAACAUCUAUCAUAUAGCCACAAUCACUGCAGCAUCAUUAUGUGCAACAACGUAGAUAAAAGUGUUGCUUUGCAAUCACAUAGCAAAUCAGUGUUAUUCGUGUGAUCUGUGUAAUAGGUCGUAGUUCACAUAUGGUGGUUUUGGGACGUUAAACCCCACAUAUCAAUCAAUCAAUUAGGUCGUAGCUCAACACUCGAUUGCCCAUCGUGUGCCCACUAUCGAUAAUUUCCAACGCAUAUUUUGCCCUGCACUAGCAUCAUCAAUCGUGUGUAGAAGGCGUCACUUGUUUCGCUUUAUAGUUCACCUUUUCCACCUUGCAGGGAGUUUACUGCGAGCAAACGCUCAUUGCUUCAAAGGUUGUAUUGACAUUGCACACACCAGCCUCUAAGAAAUGGCAAAUUUUGGUAGAUUUCAGCAAGGCUGAAUCAUCAUUUUUUGACAAUGGAAGAUGAUUGCGACUUAUCGGACAUCAGUGCUGAUAGCGACAAUGUGUCACACAGCCGUGUUUUGUUAUCUCCUAAGUGAGUCAUCGCUACCGCGCUCUGUUCUAAAGAUAUCCAGCAUGUUAUAAAGGUCACAGCUGUUGUCUCGAGAAUGUCAUUCUCGUCUAGGUGAGACUGCUUCCCAGCAUCUGCUCAACGAGUGGAGUUUAGCGCGAGAAGGCGACAUGUAGUGGUUCUUCACAGAGCUCUGUAGCGCCGCAUGGUGUUUCAUCGGUUUGUUCAUGCUGUUUUUUACCUUACAAAUAAUUGCCGAGAUAUGAAACACAGCUAAUACCGUCCGUAUUUACUCGCAUAUUUUGCGUUUCCAAGCGCGCCCGAGCCAGCUCAGGUGGGGCGGGGAACUUGCCUGCUCGGCCUGCCACUCGCUGAGCAGGCAAGCUUUCAAAUGGGGCAAGUUUUUUGUUCCAACAAAGCUUUCCCCGAACUAGGGUUCCUAGAAUACCGUACCCUAACACUUAAACCUCUUGAGAGGUCACCAGAACUGCUCAAGCGUUCACCCCACUCUAUCUACCUAUCUCUACUAACGUGAGAAUGCUCGGUCGGGUCACGGCUCGGACAACUUUUUGCAUCGGAGGUGUGCGAGGGCGUGUUGCCUGCGAACUGUUCUACUUGUCCUCGGUGUCCGCGCCUGUAGGGGGUCCGUCCUAUGUACGGCUGACGAAGAAGCUUAGCUAAUGUUUCAGCCGCACACAGUAGUACCGUGAACGAUUAACGUCCCCUAUACCUAGAUAGUCUCAUUGCAGCUACAUAGGUUCGGGCGAAUAAAGCAACAGGCUAGGUCAACAGGAACACUUUAUUGCUAGGCUUUAGCAAUAGCAGGCAAGUGUCGCGUUUAUUGCUAGGCUUUAGCAAUAGCAGGCAAGUGUCGCGUGGAGAUAGUACAGAAACAUGAGGAGACGCUUACUCCUUGGUCAUUGACAUCCUCUGCUCGUAGGAGGUUGCGGGCUCAACCUCCUUCGUUCCUGGCCGGUGUCGGAGAGUGUGCGGCUGUCCGCACACUAGCUUUGUUCACUGACCCGGUUCCCCUUUUGUUGGCGAGAAUAAUACCUUCUGGCUAAGAGAGGGGAAACCCGUUCCGCGCGCCCUAAAAGGGGGAAUCGCGAGUGCUGGCCGCGAGGGUGUUCCAUCCUCUCGCAAGAGGCUUUAUUGACUCUUGAGCGGACAGUCUAUGCAACCAGGCUUUCACGCUGCCGUAAAAGGGAAAAGGAGGCUAGGUGCACGUGCUCCCCCACAUCCUUCCCCCCUUAAGAAGACUCCCGAACGACAGAGACUGCAAGGCAAUAAUUAUUUCAUUCGUCCUCCAGGAAAGCCAUCACCGCCUGGUCGACAUCUAUGCCUUUCGAUCAACUCGUCUUUGCCGCGGGCACCGCCGGAGCCCCCACCACUCUCUCACCAGCCCCCUGCGUCAGUGGUGCCACCUCUGGCGUCGACGUGGUCGCCGCCUCUGCCUCUCUUGGCAUCACCGCCUCCUCCCCCAAGGUAGACACCACCGGUAGCCGCUCAGGCGGACUCGCACCGGCCGCAUAGCUUGAGGCAACUCUCAGCAGCCACUGCGCGAAGUUUGCCUCCCGGGCCGCCCGCUGCAGCAUGGCCUAAGCUGCGACUGUUGGGCUCUCUUGUUGUAGGGAGAUGGUCUCCACUCCUAGUUGUUCCGGCGGUACUCUUUUCCCCAAUGGCGCUCCAUCUGUUCGGUGAGAGUUGACACAGAAAGAAAGAAAGGUUAACAAUUGCACAUGCGUUGUGCGCGAACACUUGCACCUCGCGUCGGACAUAUCAAAUGCAGCCUACCGUGCAUAGUUGUCUCCGCUUGUUACGCAGGAAGUAACGCGGUUCUGGGCUCCUCACUCGGUGUCGAGCGAUCUCACCCGCCGCGCGGUUCUGGGCUCCUCACUUGGUGUCGAGAGAUCUCACCCGCCGUGCGCGGCUUAGAGGGGGACUGGUUGUAGUCCUCGUGCUCCUCCCGCGACAUGUAGCGUUUCAAGUCACAUACGUGCACUGGCUCGCCGCUUGGUUUGCCUUUCAUGUCCGCGAGCCAAUAAACGAGCCAGGAAACUUUCUCUUGCACUUGGUACGGCCCGGACCAUUUUGGUGCCAGCGAGGCAGCAAACUGUUUGCUAGCAUCGCUGAGAACAUCAUGGCGCCGCAGCACCAGAUUACCCACUUUAUAGUGUACAUUCCGAUGCGUGCGGUCGUACUGCGCAUUCUGCUGUGCCUUAGCAGUGCUGAAAUUAUACCGAGCUUUAUGUAAAGCUUCCGCUAGCUUCUCGCGCAGCUGCGUUGCACAUUCAGCGCAUGCUGAUGUGGCCACUGGCACUCCACUGCGAUCCGCAAGUACGGUCUCCAUCGGAUUCGGCAGUUCUCUCCCCAGGUUCAGAGAAGAAGGUGCAUACCCAGUCUAUCGGUUCACGGUCCUCGUAAUGCAAAACCAAUCUCUGGAAGGUAGUUAUCCCAGUCUCUAUGUCUCUCGGAGAAUGCAACAAGCGUGUGCUUGAUGUUGCAAUUGACUCGCUCCGGGGGGUUCGGCUAAGCAUGGUAGGUGGUUUUUUCUUGCGCUUAAUGCCCAACGUGGCGCACGUGUCAAAAAACACCUUUGCAGUGAAAUAAGACGUGUUGUCUGUAAUCAACUGCUCAGGGAAUCUGAACCUGGUGAAAACUUCUAUGAACUUUUCUGAGAUCACUCGAGCCGUCAACUUCCUAAGGAGGAAAAGUUACACUUGUUUAGUGAAGGGAUUCGUGAUCGCCUGCAAGAACUUGUUUCUGCUAGGAGUUGUGGGCUAUGGGCCCAUUAAGUCGCGUGCCGCGAUUUGCCAGGGAGUGUGACUGUUAAUUGGCUGCAUGAAGUCGGGCUUAUGGCUUGACACUUUGGCACACUCAACAUGAACGGGCGCAGCGAAUUACAUCCCGCUUUAUGCUUGGCCAGGUAGCGAGGCGACACAACUUAGCAUAAGUCUUAGGGCUGCUCGCAUGCCCGGCAAUGCACAAGUCAUGAAAGUAGGGAAGAAGUGCUCCCUUUAAUGAGCGCGGUAUCACGACUUUGAAUGACUCACUUGUGUCAUCAUCGAAUUGGUUAUACCUCAGCAGGACGCCGUCAGAAUCAAGCAGAUUUGAAUCCAGUGCGCUCACAGCACUACCAGCUGUUGCAGAGCGCACCGCACCAACAGCAAUACCAACUGCGCGCAUGUGCCCAGUGGCCUCAUUACCACACGGCUUCCGGAGCCCGUCAAACACCUUUAGACAAACUGGAUCUUUCUGCUGAGCUUCUAACAGUUCCCUUCUGCUGAAAACAAUCCCUGCACUAACGACAGCCUCUGAAGUGGUUCACGCUCUUACCUCGAACUAACAUUUGCUCCGCUGUUUCCAUUAGCACGAGUGUCUCACUCUCGGUUCGUUCCGAGUAAAUCGCGUGACUUGCCUCAUGUCGAGCUAGAGCAUGCGAUAGUGCGUCGGCCGCGGCAUUGUUCUUACCCUUGUGGUAGCGAACGGUGAAGUCGUGACGCUGCAGCAGCAAUGCCUAACGGGCCAGGCGGCCACUUGGUUCAUUCAAGCGCCUCAAUCAUGUGAUCGCCAUGUGGUCAGUCUCAAUUGCAAACGCAACUCCGUCGAUGUAAAAGUCACUUACGGAGUGCGAAAACUAUCGCAAGACACUCUUUUUCGGUUACCGAGUAGUUCCUAUCCACCGGCGUCAACGUACGGCUCGUGAACGCAUUCGGUCAGAGGAAAACUCCGUGCUCCUGAUGCAGAAUUGCUUGUAAGCCCAGGUCACCUGCGUCUGUGUGAAUCACAAACUCUCUGUUCAAAUCGGAUAGCUGCAGCUGAGCAGUGUUGGCCAACAACUUCGUGAGGCGAUGCAGUGCCGCCUCCUGUUCUUGGCUCCAAGCCCAACCCUCCCCAUUCCUUAAGAGCUUCGUCAAAGGUGCCUGCACUGCCGCGCCAUCUGGAAUGAGCUGGCGAUAAAAGUUCACCAUCCACAGAAAGCGCCUCAGCUCACUGAUAUUGUUCGGCGAUGGAGAGCUAUCGCUUCAAGCUUACCCUUAUCUGGUAAUAUGAGAUCGUCGUCAAGCGUGAAUCCCAAUAAUGUUAUUCGGGUCGCCGCUGUCUGAGCUUUGUUCAGGUUCAGAGUGAUGUCCGCAGACCUCAGCCUUUCUAGAACGUCUUUCAAGUGGCGCAAGGGCUCCUCGAACGUCUUCGAGUAAACCACUAUGUCGUCUUGAUAUUCGAGUGCGUGUGGCCACUUCAUCUCCCAAAACAUGGUCCGUUAACCUCUAUACGUAGCGGGGGCUCUCUCCAACCUAAAGACAUUCUCCUGAAUUGGAACAGUCCCCUGUGGCAUGUGAAGCCGAUUUCUCUUUAUCCCGCUCGUUCAUAUCAACCUGAAAAUACCCACGGCUAGCAUUGGAGCGUAGUAAAGUACUUCGCUCCGCCGAAGUUGGAUACUAAUGAUGAAAUGGAGGGAAGAGGGUAAGCGUCCUUCUUCGCAACUUCAUUCAGCCUGCGGUAGUCUACACAAAGGCGAUAUGUAUCAUCUUUCUUUGGAACUAGAACUACCAAAAAACCCCAUGGUCUUAUUGACCUCUCAACUACGCCUGUGUCGAUAAGUUCGUCCAAGGUGGCGUUGAGUGCUUUCGGCUUAGCCAAGCUGAUCGUUUGAGGAUUGCAUUUCCAAGGUCGUGCAUCACCCGUGUCAAUUCUAUGUUUUACCAGCGUAGUGGUGCAAGGACGGUCAGUAAACAUUGCAUCAUACUCGUACAACAGCAACGACAGGCUGCGCUUGUUCUGCUUCUAGUAAGCUCUGUGUCGCUACCAAAAGCAGGUGGACUGCCUUUCGCUGCAGCGCAGCACAUUGUUCCGGCAGGGUGGUUACUUGCUUUCUCGGUGCGCUUUCCUCACCGCGUACUCGCGCCUCUCCCUGCGAUUGGCAUGCUUUUGUUGAUGCGGGGGUCCUCAAGAAAAGCUUUAGCGUGUCUCCGUCACGCUAGCGGUAAGUGCCGUUUGCAAUGUCAAUGACGAUACUUGGCUUGGCGAGGAAGUCUCGACCCAGGAUUAGAGACAUUGACAGCCUAGGGAGAUGCACGAAACGGUGUCGUCUCUUGCGUCUAUCCCAGCGGAUCACUAGCUUAGCCGUGCCGCUCGAUUGUGUUGUGCCCGUAGCAAUGCUCCAUCAUAAGUUGCCUCGAUCAGGUGGCCCUCGACUCGCUCGCUGGAUUCUGUGCCGACCGGUUGGGCCCUCGCGAUCUCCGACGUCAGCAUAGCUCUGGCCUACUGGGCUGGCCCUACGUCAUCUCCUGACGCCGAUCUCCGACGGCAGCAUAGCUCUGACCUACAGGACUUGCCCUACGCCACCUUUUUGACGCCGACAAGAGCUCUUACAAGUGGUGCCCCGUCCUCGGACUCCUGUGAUCGUGUUUCCAUCUUUCCUAUCUCUCCUAUCUCCUCAUAUGUUCUCGCUCGCUGUCCCAGCGCAUUCCUCUCUAUAUAUAUACUGUUAAUCCUAUCCUUUUAAUUCCUCCUCACCCCAUCCCUUGUGAGCUACUGUUGAAGUGUCGCACCCUGAUGCAGACAGUAACGGGGCUCACUUUUCUCUUCUUUUCCCUCUUAUAACUUUUCCCUCUUAUCACUUUUCUCUUCUUUUCCCUCUCUAUCCGUAGCUAGUCUCAUUGCAGCUACGCGGGUUCGGGCAAAUAAGGCAACUAGCUAAGUCAACAACAGCACCUUAUUACUAGGUGUUAGCAAUAGCGUGCAAAUGUCGCGAGGAGAUAGUACAGAAACAAGAGUAGACGCUUGCUCCUUGGUCGUUCACGUCCUCGGCUCGCAGGGGGUCGCGGGUUCGACCUUCUUUGUUCCUGGCCGGUGUCAGAGAGCCGGUGUCGGAGAAUGGUGGCGACGAUAGAAAAUGCCGGCUGAUCAUGGCAAUUCAAAACGUGUUUGGUGGAUGGCUUGGUUAACAAGCUGGAUGACGGUGGUAUGAUGGAAGCUUGAUGAAUGAUGGUGGCAUGAUGAAAAAGCAGAUGGUAGUAUGUGAAACCACUUAAUUAUUCAUAGUGUUUCACUCUGGAUUGCUCAGAGUAUAUAUUUACGGUCGAAAGAAUCCAACGCCGCUCACUACGCUUUCUAACAUGUUUCUUUUUUUUUUUUUCUGUGUCAACAAUGCUUCAAUUUUCGUGCAGUGUAGCAUGUGGCCGUGAUUGUUUACAUUUGAUGCACGUAUACAUCAGUUUGAAAUGCGCGAUGUGAUGCUUUGCUGUGAUGUUUAGAAGAUAGGUAUACUGUGAACAAUGACAGUAAAUGUGUUACAUCGCCGUGCAGUUAUCGAGAAAUAAAGAGCUCCAGUUCGCAA